UCCGGGUAGCGAGUCUUAAAUUUUCUUUCCGUGGGCCGGUGUUUCCCCCUAGAGAAGUUAAAUUUUCUUCUUUCAGUUUUGUCUCCCGGAGUGGAUUCAUUUAAAUUUUCAGUCAUGGCAGUGAACACAGGAACGUCCUUGGUUCUCUCCAGCCUGCUGUCGGUGCUGGUUUUUGCUGGGAUGCAGAUGUUCAGCAAACAGCUGGGAUCCACUGAGUGGCUCACCAUCCUGGGAGGUUUCCUGGGCUCAGUCCUCUUCAUCUGCUCCCUCACUGCUUUCAAUAAUCUAGAAAACCUGGUAUUCGGAAAAGGAUUCCAAGCCAAGAUAUUCCCAGAGAUUCUGCUGUGCUUGUUCCUGUCGCUGUUUGCCUCUGGUCUGGUUCACCGUGUCUGCGUCACCACCUGUCUGAUAUUCUCCCUCUUCGCCUUGUACUACAUCAACAAGAUAUCCGCUGCUCUCUACCAAGCAGCUGCUCCCGCAGUUCCUCUGGCCAAAGUUCCCGGCAAGAGCAAAAAGAAGAACUGAAGAAUCUGCCGUGACACUUUCCUGCUGUUAGCCAGUCAGUACGAUCAAGGUGCUGUUGUUACUGUAACACAGUUUUGUCAAAGCUACUUAACUCAGUGAGUCAUGUUUCUUUGUAUGUUGGUUUUGAAAAGUGCCCCAGGUCUGUAUGUGGCCUUCAUAGUGAACGAAUCCUGAAGUAACUUUUUACAUUCCAUCAAUCCCCGUUUCCUCAGCACUGAUGAGCGUAAAGAGAUUCGACC